AUGGCUUCCUUCUACAGGGUAGCAGCAACAGUUUGUCUCGUCGCCCUAUGUGGGCUCCAAUCGGCGGCAGCAGACGGUAAAAAAUACAAAUUUACACCAGAAGAUGUAACUGAAGAAGCAUACUUGGCGGCUAACUUGGCCCGCAAUGGAAAUCUCCCUGUUCACAUCAGCGAAGUUUCAAAGGACGACAACCUUGUCAACUCCGUGAAGGGAAAGUUUGAAGGCAAAGAAACAGCGACAGACGCGGCGUGCGAGACAUUGAUAGAAUCCGAUCUUAAAGAUAUGUUCUAUCACAUCUUCGAGUACGAUGCCGAUGAAGAGCCUUCGCGUAACUACCGCCAGUUUCUUCAGGAAUCCCUGAACAAGGGAUUGGCAGUCUUCACGGACAAAACAUACCCUAAGGACGAACAAGCGUGGAAGACGAUAUGGGGGGACGAAGAUGGUGCCAAUUUGGCAUACCUCCUCGGAUCUAACAGCACUACAAUCGGAUGUGUCAUUGGGAAAUGUACCGAAGUAGCAGCUGACGUCAAUGCGCUGAGCGACCCACCUGAAACUAAAAAGGAAAAGGCUGUGCUUUUCUGUAAACUAAGCCCUGCAACGGCAAAGAAUGCUGCCCCCUUUACUGAGGAGUAUUUCAAGGGACUUAUAGAACGAACAACUUUAUUAAACGAUAUGACAGAAGAUGACCUGAAACCUUCUGUUGAAAAUGACGCUGCAGCAACUGCUGUCCCCACCAUUUUAAUUACCGGUUUUGUUGCCAUGCUGACUGCCGUCUCAGCCUAA